AUGGCUCCAGACAGGGGCAGCAACAACACCACCCGCCUCCAAUCGUCCAGAGUGCCCGCCAACAUGCGAUCCUCGAACGAGUCUGAUACUCACGAGCGGACCGAAGCUCAGCGAGAGCUCGCCCAGCGCGCCAGUGCGCCUCAAAACUUCACGAUAAGAGGCGUGCUGGUGGGCCUGGUCAUAGGAGUCGUGAUAUGCUUCUCGAACAUGUACUUUGGUCUGCAGACCGGCUGGGUUAGUGGCAUGGCCAUGCCGUCUGCUCUACUUGGCUUCGCAUGGUUCAAGGUCGUCGCAAGGACACUGAGCUAUCCCUUCACGCCGGUGGAGAACGUUCUCAUACAAUCGGUGGCUGGAUCUGUGGGGACCAUGCCACUUGGCUGUGGCUUCGUAGGCGUUCUCCCAGCGCUCAACUUCCUGUUGAAGCCGGAGGAGAAUGGCCCGCUGGAUAUCAGUCUGUGGAAGCUGGUCGUUUGGGCGCUGGGAAUCUGCUUCUUCGGAGUAGUAUUUGCCGUGCCCUUGCGGAAAGAAGUGAUCAUCAGAGAGAAGCUGAAGUUCCCGAGCGGGACGGCGACAGCGCUGAUGAUAGGCGUCCUACAUGGAGAAAAGCAUGAUGCAAACAUAAUAAAGUAUCGACCGCGUGAAGGGUCACAGGUGGAUGACGAGCAAGAGCGGCUUUUGCCCUCUUCUGACGAUGGGCCUGAAGGUGCGGACGCCGAGACCGCACAUCAAGAUGAGGCAGUCAAAUCUGCGAUAGCAGCUGCUGAUUGGAAGGCGAGAAUCCGCACGCUAGUUAUUGCGUUCGGUGUCUCUGCUCUCUAUACUCUUGUAUCCUACUUUGUCCCACAGCUUCGCGAUGUUCCGUUCCUUGGCCUACCUCUUGCGCAGAAGUGGCUGUGGACGCUCAACCCUUCUCCAGCUUAUGUUGGUCAAGGUAUCAUUAUGGGCCCGGCCACGACUCUGCAUAUGCUAUUAGGUGCCAUCUUAGGCUGGGGCAUUCUGUCUCCGUUGGCCAAACAGAGGGGCUGGGCACCGGGCCCAGUGAACGAUUGGGAGACUGGUAGCAAAGGCUGGAUAGUCUGGAUCAGCCUUGCAAUCAUGCUGACCGAUGCGCUUGUCAGUCUUGGCUGGUUGAUAGUUAGACCUCUUAUAUCAUAUGGUCGGAUCAUCUUGCCGGAACUGUGGCGCGAGGUCGGCAAUCAUUCCUGGAAGGAUAUUGUCACCCUCAACAUACACCCAGGCAGUGGCACUUAUUCGGGUAUCAGAGACGGCCAUUCAAAUUCUUGGUCUGGCAGUUCGCUCAUAAAGAAGAUAAGAGAACAUUCUGACGGCGAGGAAGAGCCAGACGCUCCACCUGAGCACCUGAUUUCGAAACGGACGACUCUUGUUGGAUUGGUGUUGUCCAUCAUCGUCUGCGUUGCUGCUGUUCACAUAACAUUCCCUGGCCUAGUACCAUUCGGAUUGACACUUCUUGCACUUGUGUUUGCCUUGUUGAUGUCAAUCAUGGGUGUCCGGGCCCUGGGGGAAACAGAUCUAAAUCCAGUAUCUGGUAUCUCGAAGAUUACACAGCUCAUAUUCGCAGCUAUCACCCCACCAGGGAAAAACGCUGUCAUCAUCAACCUCAUCGCGGGCGCAAUCAGCGAAAGCGGUGCUCUGCAAGCCGGAGACUUACUGCAAGACCUCAAAGCUGGUCAUCUGCUGGGAGCUGCUCCAAAUGCCCAGUUCUGGGGCCAGAUCAUCGGAAGCACAGUGGGUGCUAUUGUCAGCGCACUCGUAUACAAGCUUUACGUCAGCGUGUACAAGAUUCCUGGAGGCCUGUUCCAAGUUCCAACAGGAUAUGUCUGGAUCUUCACUGCCCGGCUCGUGACUGGCAGUGGGCUCCCACCCAUGGUGACAGAAUGGGCGAGCGGUGCAGCUGUGAUCUGGUUUGCACUGACCGCAGCAAGAACAUAUGGGAAUGCAGUUAAAGCUAGGGGUAACAGAGCACCCUGGAUUGAUUAUGUUCCCGGUGGUAUCGCUGUUGCUGUUGGAAUGUAUAACACGCCGUCAUUCACCAUGGCUCGCACGAUCGGUGGUCUCAUCAGCAUGUACUGGAAGCACUACAAGAAGCGGGAAGAGACCCCGAUCAUUGUCCUAGCGAGUGGUUUGAUCCUGGGAGAGGGUGUUUUCAGCAUCGUGAAUUUACUUCUGGCUAGUGCCAAGAUCCCACAUCUGUAA